UCUCGCGGUGUUUGCACGAGACCGCUUCCUUCCUCCUUCCCCUGCCAGUCCGCCAGCCUUCCUCCCUGUCUCCCCGGCCUGGCCGCCCCCUCCUUCCCCUGCCGGCCCCCUCCCCGCGGGGAUAAUAUGGUCUCCGGCGAUGGACUCCCCAAGUGCAGGAUACACCUUUGAGUACCUUAUUGAAACAUUAAGUGGCAAUUCACAAAAGAAGUUCUUCAAUGUACCUAAACUUGGAGGCACCAAGUAUGAUAUUCUGCCUUAUUCAAUACGGGUCCUAUUGGAAGCUGCUGUACGAAAUUGUGAUGGCUUUUUAAUGAAAAAGGAAGAUGUUAUGAACAUUUUGGAUUGGAAAACCAAACAGAGCAAUGUUGAAGUGCCCUUUUUCCCUGCCCGUGUUGUUCUUCAAGAUUUUACUGGAAUACCGGCAAUGGUGGAUUUUGCUGCUAUGAGGGAGGCAGUGAAAACUCUCGGAGGUGAUCCUAAGAAAGUCCACCCUGCCUGUCCAACAGAUCUCACAGUUGACCAUUCUUUACAGAUUGACUUCAGUAAAUGUGCAAUACAGAAUGCACCAAAUCCUGGAGGUGGUGACCUACAGAAAGCAGGCAAGCUCUCCCCACUCAAAGUGCAGCCCAAGAAGCUCCCAUGCCGAGGCCAGACAGCCUGCCGGGGACCGUGUGAUUCUGGAGAACUAAGCCGAAACUCAGGAACGUUUUCUUCACAGAUUGAGAAUACACCCAUCCUGUGUCCUUUUCAUUUGCAACCAGUGCCUGAACCUGAGACAGUGUUAAAAAAUCAAGAAGUAGAAUUUGGCAGAAAUCGAGAGAGGCUUCAAUUUUUCAAGUGGAGCUCAGGAGCUUUUAAGAAUGUGGCAGUCAUCCCUCCUGGAACUGGAAUGGCUCAUCAAGUGAACUUAGAAUAUUUAUCAAGAGUCGUUUUUGAAGAAAAGGACCUGCUCUUCCCAGACAGCGUAGUUGGCACGGACUCUCAUAUCACUAUGGUGAAUGGAUUGGGGAUUCUUGGGUGGGGAGUUGGAGGCAUUGAGACAGAGGCAGUUAUGCUUGGCCUGCCAGUUACUCUUACUUUACCAGAGGUGGUUGGCUGUGAGCUAACUGGCUCAUCCAAUGCUUUCGUUACAUCCAUAGAUAUUGUCCUUGGCAUUACAAAGCACCUCAGACAAGUAGGAGUGGCUGGAAAGUUUGUUGAGUUUUUUGGAAGUGGAGUUUCGCAAUUAUCUAUUGUUGAUCGAACUACCAUAGCAAACAUGUGUCCAGAAUAUGGUGCUAUCCUCAGCUUUUUCCCUGUUGACAAUGUGACGCUGCAACACUUAGAACAUACAGGUUUUGACAAAACCAAACUUGAGUCAAUGGAAAAAUACCUUAAAGCUGUGAAAUUAUUUCGAAAUGAGACUUCUUCAGAACCUGAGUAUUCUCAGGUGAUACAGAUUAAUCUGAGUUCAAUAGUUGCGUCUGUCAGUGGUCCAAAAAGGCCUCAGGAUAGAGUUGCUGUAACAGACAUGAAGAGUGAUUUUCAGGCUUGCUUAAAUGAGAAGGUUGGAUUUAAAGGCUUCCAAGUUGCAGCAGAAAAACAAAGUGAUACUGUCUCUAUUCAUUACGAUGGAAAUGAGUAUAAGCUCUCUCAUGGGUCCGUGGUCAUUGCUGCAGUUAUCAGUUGUACCAAUAAUUGCAAUCCAUCUGUCAUGCUUGCUGCAGGUCUUUUGGCUAAGAAGGCUGUUGAAAUUGGUCUCCGAGUUAAACCUUAUAUAAGGACAAGUUUAUCUCCGGGCAGUGGGAUGGUUACACAUUACCUCAGCUCAAGUGGAGUGUUACCCUAUCUUAGCAAGCUGGGAUUUGAAAUAGUUGGCUAUGGAUGUUCAACAUGUGUGGGAAAUACAGCACCUUUAUCAGAGGCAGUUUUGAAUGCAGUAAAACAGGGUGAUUUGGUUACCUGUGGAGUUUUAUCCGGAAACAAAAACUUUGAAGGUCGUCUUUGUGAUUGUGUUCGUGCCAAUUAUCUUGCCUCUCCACCCUUAGUGGUGGCUUAUGCCAUAGCAGGCACAGUGAAUAUAGAUUUCCAGACAGAGCCUUUAGGAGCUGACUCUACGGGCAAGGAGAUUUACUUGCAUGACAUUUGGCCUAGUCGAGAAGAAGUUCAUCAGGUAGAAGAAGAACACGUUAUAUUGUCUAUGUUUAAAGCACUGAAAGAGAAGGUAGAGCUGGGAAAUAAAAGGUGGAAUUCCUUAGAAGCACCAGACUCAGUGCUGUUUCCAUGGGACAUGAAGUCUACUUACAUCAGAUGCCCUUCAUUUUUUGAUAAACUUACCAAAGAGCCAGCUGUGUUCCAGCCUAUUGAAAAUGCCCACGUUCUGUUGUACUUGGGAGACUCUGUCACUACAGAUCACAUAUCACCUGCUGGAAGUAUUGCCAGGAGUAGUGCUGCCGCUAAGUAUUUGACAAACAGAGGCCUAACUCCUCGAGAGUUCAACUCUUACGGAGCCCGAAGAGGUAAUGAUGCUGUGAUGACAAGAGGCACAUUUGCAAACAUCAAGCUUUUAAAUAAGUUUAUCGGGAAGCCAGCUCCCAAAACAAUUCAUUUUCCAUCAGGACAGAUGCUCGAUGUAUUUGAAGCUGCAGAACUGUACCAGAAAGAAGGUAUUCCACUGAUAAUUUUAGCAGGAAAGAAAUAUGGUUCAGGAAAUUCAAGAGACUGGGCUGCCAAAGGACCCUAUUUGCUGGGUGUAAAGGCUGUUCUGGCUGAAAGCUAUGAAAAAAUACACAAAGAUCAUUUGAUUGGAAUUGGCAUAGCACCACUUGAGUUCCUCCCUGGAGAAAACGCAGAUUCCUUGGGCCUCUCCGGAAGAGAAGUAUUUUCUUUAACAUUUCCUGAAGAACUUUCUCCUCGAAUUACAUUAAAUAUGAAGACGAGUACUGGAAAAGAAUUCAGUGUGAUUGCAUCAUUUGAAAAUGAUGUGGAAAUAACUUUGUAUAAACACGGAGGCUUAUUAAACUUUGUGGCUCGAAAAUUCUCAUAGUAUCUACUCAUUGUGGUAUCUUUCGUGACUGGUAACUGCAAAGCCUUUUGUGCUGGACCCAGGAAUUUUUGCCGUGGAGCUGCAGAUAAUUUCAGUAUACUUAUCCAUGGAUGUAAAUGAUAAUGAAUCAACGUAGUGACUGAAAUGAAAUCUUGAUUUUAAAUAAUAUACGAAUGGUGCUAUUAACAUUGCUAAAAUCAACGUGUGAAGUGUGUUGUGGAAGAGACCUGUAAGUAUGGGGUUAUAUUUUAUGAGAACUUUUGUAAAUAAAGACAGAAUUUGAACUUGUGUUGGAGAUUCAUAUGAGUAGCCUUUCUGAAGCUGUUUCUUUUGUUUUGCACCUAUAAAACUGGACUACUGUUUGUUGGUUUAAGAAUAGCAAGUUGAAAUACAAGAAUCCAGAUUAGACCCUAAAAUUGUGGAGAUGGCUACCUGAUUUAUAAACAAAUUUUUAAGUGUAUUCCUUUCCAGAAUUGAGUUGGACACAGUUGGCAUUCCCAGUUUGUAAUGUAAGUCAUUUGUUUUUAGUCUCAGUGUCUGCAAGGGAUAAAGCUGCCCCAGGUCACAGUCCCUCUGACCAAUCAAUGACUACAAAAUGGAACUGAUAAUAUGGUACCAUGUAUUAGUAAAAACAUAUUUCCUAUGGUACAGUCCUGUAAUUUUUCAGUAAUUAGCCACUAUGACCCUCCGGCAAUCUCAAAAUGCUGGUGUAUUAAUUUGGACUAGAUUUUGCGCAUUUUACUAUCACUUCUGUAACCUCAAUUAGGUGUCACCAGCUGACAUUCCACACACCUUUUAUGAAUGCUGGAAACAACUUGAAUCAAAUUCUAGAUUUCCUCUACACUUACAAAUUAUCCACCCAAAAUUAUAUGGAUAUGUACCUCUAAGGGUUUGUUUGUUUGUUUGUUUCUUAAUGUUAUUUCUUACAGUCUCUUAAGUUGACUUCUUGCUUUUUGAGUCUUUAUCUUAUCUGGGAUACAUCACUUUGUUAAUUUCAUUAUGAUUUUUUUAAAUCAAAACUGACAAAGAUGUGACACUCGGUGGUCACUGCUGUCUGCAGGUCAUGUGUUUCCAUUUGUAUCUUUUACACCAUGUCACAUCCUUUGUCCAUGUUUAACAUUUUAAAAGGGUUGGAAAUUCAUUUUUUGAAAGCCCUAUACUUCUUUUUAAUUAAGAAGUUAAACUUAGCAGCAGAAAGUAAAGUAUAGUGAUUUUUUUUAAAAAAUGUUUUCUUCAUUUGAUCUGUUUUUGUGCAUUAGGCACAAUAAAAAGGACUUGUUUUAUGCUAAAAUUCAGGAACUAACGAACCCGUGGGUAAAGAGCACUGAGAACUGUACACCAUCAGUCAUACGGUCUUUUGAAGAUAUUUUUCAAAAUGUAUACUUAGUUGGACUAGAGUUCGAUGAAACAAAGUCUUUACUAAAUGUUUUCUUUGCUACUUUGAAGUCCUAUUGUGUUCUGGUAGGUGCCAUGUAUCUGACUGCAUGUGUGUUAAUCUGUGUGGAAACCCGAGUCAGGAAUGGAGAUAUUACAAGUAGAGUAUUAAAAUACUGGUACAUGCUUUAAAGAAAUGGUAAUUCCAGAUUGUAUAUAUGGGGGGAAAAACGCUUUUAUUUUGAAGGCAUACUCUGUAGUCUGAGCUAAAGGUGUGGACAUAAAUGUCUGAGAGAUGAUAAACCCAGCUAUGAAUCAGACAUUAACAUUUCUAGUCCGGUAAGGCAUAAAAAGUAUGUUUAGGAACAAAAUCAAGGUUCUUUUAAUCCCUCGCCUAGAAACGGUGAACUAAACUCUCGGUAAGCAUGGUUUUAAGUCGGGGAGGGAAAUUAAGCACAUGUCCCAGUGCAUAUAGAUUCUGCCUCCAGCCAAAUGAUGCAAAAAUGUGGCACCUGGUUUUAUUAUGUUACUUUCUUUAUUCACUUUUUUUUUUUUGUAUUUUGUGUUAUUUUCUGAAAAUUACCAAUAUUUGGGAAAAGAAAGUGAACACACAGGAAAAAAAAAAUCAGUGUUGUGAAUGUAGCACAGUUACCAACAGCAACAGUUUAGUCUCUUAAGAAUGGUGUGCUCCGUGCUGUUGUGUGCCUUAGUUGUGCUUCUUAUACAAAUGGAGGAGAGGAAGGUUCAGCCUCUGAACUACUGCUGUUAGUUAGUCCUUUAAGGUUCUCAAGAUGGCAGGUACCUCUGUCUCUGUGUUAGCACUCAGAUGGAAAGCAGCAGCAUCUCCACCAGUCUGGUUUUUCACUGGGAUUGUACUAAAAAAGAGUCGGUUGUUUGCUGAUACAGUAACACAAUAGUUUGGAGUGCAUUCCUGUUCUCAGUGGUAUGUGACAGGACAAAUUUUGACUUUUGUCAGGGGUUGAAAAACCCCUUUUGCCUGUGAGUUUAGGGAGAAGAUACUAAGAUACUAGUUAAUGAUAUUAUGUUUGAUUUGGGGGAAGGGGAAAGCAAAUGGAUUUUGGCUUUUUUCCAUUUUUUGUUUGUUUGUUUCUGUUUUUUCCCCCUUCAAGGUGACUGUGCUGAUGUGGUUUUUGUUUAUCAAUUUUAUUUUAUGCAUCAUAUGUGACUAUAAAACCAUAUAUAUCUCUUACGUAACUACAAAUCAUUGUUAUUUAAAGCCAACAAAAUAGCAUAACAGUUUUAAGUUCAAUAAUGUUAAGUAUUGUAUAGAAAUAUAUUGGAGGUAAAGUUCAGUUAUAAAAUUGUGUAUAUGUUAUUGAUGCUGUAAAUUAUUUUUAAUAAAGAAAAUUGUAUUAUCACAUUUGA